GGACAAUUUAGAAGUCCAAUUGUGUUCUUCCUUGAUCCAAAAAAGGUUUAAGUCUCAAAAUAAUCAUUUUCUUUACCGGUUUAAAGUGCUAAGCUAGCCAAGCCAAUCAUAGGCCAUGACAAUCAUGACAAUUUUUGUGCUUGAUCUUCUUCCUCUCUUGCCAUGACAAUCAUGAAGCUUUCCCCACACACACACCUUGUGUGGUCGUCUUUGCUGAGAAAUUAAAAUAAGAAAUUUUUUAUGAAAUUUGAAAAAAAAAUUGGUCAAUAUUUUUUAGAAAUAGUCCUAGAGUCAUUUAGCAUUAAUGCGGAGUAUAAAACAGAAAACAGAGGAAUUUAUUAUGUUCGCGGGAUUCCUAUCAAUUGAUUUUGACCGGAAGAAAAAAAGGGGAAAAAAUAAAUAAAGCAAAAAGUCGGGAGAGUGGAAACGAAACGGCCAAAGAUGAAGCUGAAAUGGGCGACGGCGGCGGUGCAUCUGGUGGCGCUGGUGAUCCUCGUGCGGCCGGAGAAGGGGGCGGCGAUGUGGUUUAAUUUGCCGGCGGGCGAGACAAAGUGCCUCUCCGAGCAAAUCUACAGCGGCGUGCUCGUUUUGGGAGAGUACUUCUCUUUCUCCGGUUCCGACGGCUCCCCCGCCAUGACGGUCCAGGUAAAAUCACCAUUAGGGAACAUACUCUACGAAAAGGAUCACGCGAAUAAUAACGUGACGGCGGGACAGUUUAGCUUCACAACGACGGCGGAGGCUGCUGGACUUUAUGUUAUAUGCUUUCGGAGUUACCGUACAAGUGUAAACAGUAUGGUAUCCCUUGAUUGGAAAAUUGGCAUCUUUGCAAAGGACUGGGAUUCCAUUGCAACAACUGAGAAAAUUGAGGGUCUCCAGCUGGAACUGAGAAAGCUUGAAGAAGCAACAAAGGCCAUCCGGCAAAGUACACUCAAUCUCAUGUUAAAGGAUGUAAGAAUGCAGAGGAUGAGUAACAAGACAAAUGCGAAGGUGGCAAGAUACAGCCUCAUUUCCCUGGGAGUCUGCAUUCUUAUUUCAGCUCUCCAAGUCUGGCAACUGAAGAGAUUUUUCAGGCACAAGAAGCUUCUUUAAAUUACUUAGGCCUCUUUCUUUUUGCCAAACAAGAUUAGAGGCAAGGGUUAUUUUUUUAAAAAAAAAAAAACUAGUAACAAAAAUUACUGCCCUCGGUUGAGUAUUAAUUUUUUUAAAGAGGUUGUAUUGAGAAUUGAUCACCUCAUGUUGAAUAAUAAAUAUUCCAUAAAUAU